UCUUGGUAGGUCUAGGAUGGAAUCGCUCUUAGAUGAGGUGAGCAAAGUUCUAAAAUCUUCUCAAGACCCUGAGUUGGUCCCCCAACAGGAGGGCAUUAGAAUUUAGAACCAUCAAUGAACAGCCGGACUUAAAAAUUGUGCUGUUCCUUGGGAGUUCACAUCUACAGCAUCAACAACUAACUUAUAAGUAUCUAUCACGUUGCACGUCACCAUACACUUCACCUGGCUUAUCUUGAGCUUCCACCCAUUUUGCAUCCUCUAUAAAAUUAAGAACCUCAUUUCAAACUUGAUCCAAUCCCUCAAAUCUUCAAGUGUUGAAUGAAUUCUAUUAGGUUUAGCUUUUGAUUUGAAUUCUAUGGCGACUGGAGUUUCAUCCUCUUCAAGUGUUGCAACGUAUCGUGUUGGUUGUGAUAUCCUCUCCAGCGCAAAAAAACCCAUAUCAAUAUUGCCUUACUCGUUUUCAAGACUGGUGAAUCAUAACAGGAAUAGGAAGAGCUUGAGAAAGAUAUGUUUGUUCAUGGAGAAGAGUAAAGAAGAUAGCAUUACAGUUGAAAGGAAUAAUUUUGUUGAAACUCAGAAUCAGAUUACUGUAUCACGGUUGGAAGAGAGCCGGGCAAGAAAAAAAUCAGAGAGACAGACGUACCUUGUUGCUGCAAUCAUGUCAUCUCUCGGCAUUUCUUCCAUGGCAGUUUUGGCUGUUUAUUACAGAUUUUCAUGGCAAAUGGAGGGUGGAGAGCCGCAACUUCUUGAAAUGUUCGGAACAUUUGCACUCUCCAUUGGAGCAGCUGUAGGCAUGGAGUUUUGGGCUCGGUGGGCACAUAAAGUUCUUUGGCAUGCUUCAUUAUGGCACAUGCAUGAGUCGCAUCAUCGACCAAGGGACGGCCCUUUCGAGCUGAAUGAUGUUUUUGCUAUAACCAACGCUUUGCCAGCCAUUGCUCUUCUUUCUUACGGUUUCUUCAACAAAGGCCUUGUUCCUGGACUCUGUUUUGGCGCCGGUCUAGGAAUUACAGUGUUUGGGAUGGCCUACAUGUUCGUUCAUGAUGGCCUCGUACACCGUCGAUUUCCAGUAGGGCCUAUAUCAGACGUGCCGUAUUUACGAAGAGUCGCUGCAGCUCAUCAACUUCAUCACUCGGAAAAAUUCAAUGGAUUGCCAUAUGGGUUGUUUCUGGGACCUCAAGAACUCGAAGAGGUGGGAGGCAGGGAAGAAGUAGAUAAAGAGAUUGAGAGAACGAUCAAGAGAUCUAAAACUCCAAUAUGAUUCAUUUGUAUUUUAUAUAUAUAUAUAUAUAUAGUGAGUGCUCUUAUGUGUAAAGUGUAUUUUCUUUCGAAUUUAUUUGUAUUUAUAAAAUAUUUUAUUGAAA